UCUCCCUCGUUAAACCCUCCAUUUCCAUUUGAGGGAAAAAGGCUUAAACCCUGUAGCCCUGUUCUCUCUCAGAUAGCAUGCCCAUGAAAGUUUUCUCAUUGGGCACUGGUUUGGUACCAGCAGGCCGUCUAUCCACCUCAUAUACCGCCAAAUAUGGGGUGCCUAUUACCCGGGUUGUGCCCCUUUUUUCCCGGAUCUUCCCCCUGAAACUCAAGUACCGGUUCUUGGAGCCACCAUUUACCCCCUCCUACGAAGAAAAGGGGGUACUGACAACUCAGAUUGGGGUUCGUAAAUUUUCCGUUCGUUCCGGAAGGGCACGAUCUGAUUCGGGUUCGGGCCACGAGGUGAGGGUCGCGAAGAGCUUAAUUGAAGAUGAGGCGGAACUCGAUGACUGGGUCAGUGGGUUGAGUUCUAACUCGUUUAGGAAAAGUAAGGUGUACAGCGAUAUUGACGUGGAGGGGAAUAAUGGUGGUGAUAAUGGAGGAUAUGGGAGGAGAGAGAGGGGUGAGAAGAGGAGGAAAGAGAGCGAGUUUGAUGGUGAUGAUUUUGAUAUUCCGAAUGGGGGUAAUAGUGUGGGCCGUGGUCUGGAGAAGCCAGUUUCUAGGGGAAGAGGGGGAUAUGGUGGUGGGUUGGCGGAGAACCGUAGUAGUUUUAAUGGCGGUAGGUCAUUUGAUAGGCGAAGUGGGACCCGCAAUUCAAGCGAGUACUCUAGGAAAGGGAAGUUUGGCAGUGAAUUAGAGAGAAAGAAUGAGAGGAACGGCGGUUUGACUGGCCAGGGAAAGGGUUGGGGUUCGGUUGAGAGGUUUCCGGGUCGAGAAUUAGGGAAGGGGAUUGACAGUAGAGUGAAAAGGAGAGGUGCUAGUGGGUCUGAAAUGGGUCAUGGGAAGGAUAGAGGGGAUGGCGUGAGAAUGCAGAGAGAAGGGAAGAGAGUACCACAAAGAGGUUUGGUGGUUACAGAUGAAGACGAGGAGGAAGAAGAGGUGGAGGGCUAUAGGAGUUUUAAAGAGUUGAUUGAUAGUGAUGAAGUUGACGAUGAGGAUGAAGACGAGAGCGAGGAGGAAGACAAUAUCGUUGAUGACGUGUUUGAGAAGGAAAAAGUUUUGUCUCAAUCACCCCCAAGCUC